UCCAGCUUGCCUUUUGUGUACAUGUCUAGGGACCACAGUCUACUGCGAUGAUCGUGAGCUUCACGUUAUUCCACCACUGCCUAAGAAAACCAUGUACUUCUACUCCCGCUACAAUAGAAUUAGAAGAAUCAACAGAAAUGACUUUGCUAACUUGAGCAAUUUAAAGCGGAUUGAUCUGACUGCAAAUUUUAUAUCGGAGAUCCAUGAAGAUGCCUUCCGGAGACUGCCUCAACUCCAGGAGCUGGUGCUCCGUGAAAAUAGAAUAAGGCAACUCCCUGAGUUACCAUCCACUUUGACAUUCAUUGAUGUUAGUAAGAACAGACUUGGUCGCAGGGGAAUACGUAAUGAGGCAUUUAAAGAUCUGCAUGAACUGCAGCAUCUUUACAUCACUGACAAUAACUUGGAUCAUAUUCCCUUGCCACUCCCUGAAAGUCUCCAAGCUCUUCAUCUUCAGAACAACAACAUUCAAGAGAUGCAUGAAGAUACUUUCUGCAAAAUGAAAGAUUUUAAUUAUGUCCGUAGGGCUCUUGAAGAUGUCAGACUGGAUGGUAAUCCCAUCAACUUGAGCAAAACACCUUACGCAUAUAUGUGUCUACCCCGUUUGCCAGUUGGUAACCUCAUCUAAGCUUUUGCA